UUCACGUCUCGCUGACAUCACGGCGGUGCUGGAGCGGCCGGGGUCCAGCAGCCCUGGGGGCCAGCAGCCCCGCCGCCACGGCCACUGCGCACCCGCGGCCCCCGGCACCGGCGCCUCCGGCCAGGAUGGCUCCUCAGAUCUAGACAGGGAGACCAGAGCAGUGCCAGAAAUUGCCAUCCAAGUGACAGUGGGAUUGGGAUAGAGGAGCUGCCGUGAGGAUGUCUGAAGCCAAGCCCCUCAGCGUCUCUUGCCUUGUGCUUUCAGUGCUCUCCUUGCACUGGGCUUUGCUCCAGCUGGGCCAGGCUUUUCCCAGCACCUCUGACUACCUCCAGCGGGGCUGGCAACGGCUGCUGGAGGAAGGGGAGGGCUGCUCUGAGUGCCAGCCAGAGGAGUGCCCGAUGCCACGCGGCUGCCUGGCUGGCACAGUGCGGGAUGCCUGUGACUGUUGCUGGGAAUGUGCCAACCUGGAGGGACAGAUCUGUGACCUGGACAACACCAACCACUUCUACGGCAAGUGUGGGGAGCACCUGGAGUGCCGGCUGGAUGCAGGGGACUUACGUCACGGAGAGGUGCCCGAGCCCCAGUGUGCCUGCCUCUCCCACCUGGCCCUCUGCGGCUCUGAUGGCAAAACCUACGCCCAGAUCUGCAGGUUCCUGGAGGCUGCCCAUGCCCACCCUGAUGCCAACCUCACUGUGGCCCAUGAAGGCCCCUGCGAGUCAGAGCCUCAGAUCACCUCUCCUCCCUAUGACACAUGGAACAUCACUGGGCAGGAUGUCAUCUUCGGCUGCGAGGUCUUUGCCUACCCCAUGGCUUCCAUUGAGUGGAGGAAGGAUGGCACAGAGAUGCUGCUGCCUGGAGAUGACCCCCACAUCUCAGUCCAGUUCAGAGGUGGCCCCCAGAAAUAUGAAGUGACAGGCUGGCUCCAGAUCCAGGGUGUGCGGGUGACGGACGAGGGCACGUACCGCUGCUUCGCCAGGAACAGGGUCGGGGAGGUGGUGGCAUUGGCCAGCCUGACCGUCUUCACACCCGACCAACUCAACCUGACAGACUUCUCCCUGCUGAAGCCCCGCAUGACACCUGUGGACUACGGGGAGAGUGAGGAGGACUACUACUAGCCCAGAGAUGGCAUGUUCGGCUGCAGAGAUCACCUUGCCCACAGUGACCCUCCCUGGGGCUUGGGGACAUCUCUGGAGCAAGCACCCUCCGGCCCACAACUCCUUUUCUGAACAAUCCUGACACAGCAGCCUGUUUUUUGGGGUGGGGGAUGGGGUGACACGUCCUUUUGGGGUGCUGGGGGACGGGAUCCUGGCUGGUUGGCAAGGGCUGGGGACAGGGGCAGCUCUGCCUGGAGCAGGGUGGAUCUGUCCUCUGGCACUGAGUGGAAACAAAAUGGCAGGUAGGACACUGAGGGGGCAGCUGUGCUGUGUGUGAUGAGGACUUGGUGCUGGGGAUGGAGACAGCCCCCUUUGGGAGAGUGAGGCCAGGCAGGGGCAUUAUGUCCUGCAUGAAUAAUUUUUGGGAUGCUGGAGCAGAGAGCUGGGAUCUGACCAUGAUAACCAGUGGGUCACCCUCCUGUCUGCUCUGUAUCCCCCAAGCACAGAGACAUCCCAGCUUCUCCCCAGAACCUGAGGAACCUGCUGCCAAAACACCCUUCUCUUCUGUUUUGUUUUUAAUCAGAAAAGUAGUGAUUUGAGGAAACCAGGCA